AUGUCUGCCGCUACCCAGUCCGCGCCCGUCACCAACGGCGUAUCGUCGUCGCCAUCCAAGGUCGCCUACGACCACAGUGAGGCGCUCAAGAAGAUCGCUUCGGUACCUCUGGUGUCCGACUCGCUCUCCUUUGCGCAUUCGACCAUCCAGUCGCACUCGCUCCUGGCCACUACCUACGGCUACGGCGAGAACAUCUUCAACUCUUCACUCAAAGCUGCCGAGCCCAUCACCAACCGUCUCCACCCACAGCUUGCCUACGUCGAUUCGCUCGCAUUCAAGUCGCUCAACUUUGCCGAGAGCAAGUGGAGCUACCCCUUCCACGCCAACACCAAGGAGCUCAUCGACGUAGCCAAGCUCCCUGCGGAUCACGCCCGUGACUUCGUCCAGACGUACGCCGCCGCCAUCCAGAAGGCGUACGGAGAGCGCGUCUACACCCCCGCCAAGUCGGCGUACGAGUCGCACGUCGUUCCCGUCUACGACACCGCCUCGACCAAGUUCGACGAGAUCAAGAGCCAGAACGCCUACCUCCAGCGCGCGACUGACAUCGUCAAGGAUCUCCAGGCGAACCUCGCCAAGACGCUCGAGACCAUCUCGUCGCGAAGCAAGCAGGAGGGCGACCAAGCAACCGAGAAGGCUCAGGGUCUUUCGAAUGCCAUCUUUGCCGAGCUUGAGCGUGUGCGAUCGUUCGCACAGAGCUUGCCCGCCGAGAGCCGCAAGCGCGUCGGACCGGUCAUCGAGACCUUCACCGAGACGUACGAGCGUCUCGCCAAGGAGGCCCGCAACCCCGAGGUGCCUGCUAGCACCCGAUUCCUGAACGUUAUCAAGUUUGUCCGUGAGCAGUCGCUCCCUGCUCUUCAGAAGGCGAUCAUCAACCCUCCUUCCGAGACGACGCAGAAGGCGGAGGCCAAGGUUGGUGCUACGGUCGGUAACUAA